AUGACCACUGCCCCUUCCUCUCAGCAAGCUCUGUUUUCCCCACUUCAGGAGCUGCACUACAUUUUCCCAUGGCUUGUAGAAAAUAUUUUUGGCAGCUUGGAUGGCAUCCUGGUCGGCUGGAAUCUGCGGUGUUUGCAAGGAAGAGUGAACCCCAUAGAAUACAGCAUCGCCAUGGAGUUUCUGGACCCCAGUGGGCCGAUGAUGAAGCUGGUAUACAAACUCCAGGCCGAGGAUUAUAAGUAUGAUUUUCCUGUGGCCUACCUUCCUGAGCCCGUGCGGGCGUGCAUCGAGGAGCGCGUCCUCCCAGAAUGCCCACUCUAUCACAACAAGGUCCAGCUCCCGGCCGCUGGUGCUCAGGGCCUGCACUUGGCUCUCAACCCGUUUGAAUACUACAUGUUCUUCUUUGCCUUGAGCCUCAUCACACAAAGGAACUUCCCUCUGUCAGUUCACGUGCGAACUUCCGACUGUGCCUACUUCCUCCUUGUGGACCGGUACCUGACGUGGUUCUUGCCCACGGAAGGAAACGUCGUCCCUCCGCCUUCGACCACGCUGGGCGGUACCAUCCCUUCUCCCACGCCCAGGACCCCCGCUGUGCCUUUUACUUCCUAUGGCCUGCACCACACGAGCUUGCUGAAGCGGCACAUUUCUCAUCAGCCCUCGGUGAAUGCAGACCCUGCCUCGCAGGAGAUCUGGAGAUCAGAGACUCUGCUCCAGGUCUUUGUCGAGAUGUGGCUUCACCAUUAUUCCCUGGAGAUGUAUCAGAAAAUGCAGUCCCCUCACGCCAAGCUGGAGGUUCUCCACUACCGACUCAGUCUCUCCAGUAGCCUCCACAGUUCUCCUGCCCAACCCAGCUACCAGGCCCUCCACGCGUACCAAGAAUCAUUUAAGCCCACAGAAGAGCACGUGUUGGUGGUGAGGCUGCUUCUGAAGCACCUGCACGCCUUCUCCAACAGCCUGAAGCCCGAGCAGGUGUCCCCCUCCACCCACUCACACACGGCCAGCCCCCUGGAGGAGUUCAAACGAGUGGUCAUCCCUCGCUUUGUCCAGCAGAAGCUCUACAUCUUCCUUCAGCACUGCUUUGGCCACUGGCCCCUGGAUGCUUCUUUCCGAGCGGUCCUGGAGAUGUGGUUGAGUUACUUACAACCAUGGAGAUACGCUCCGGAGAAACAAUUUCUGACCGCAGACCCUCAGCCUCGAAGUAUCCCUGAGAAGUGGGCUCCCUUUGUGCAGGAAAACCUGCUGAUGUACACCAAGCUCUUCAUCGGCUUUCUCAACCGCGCCCUCCGCACGGAUCUGGUGAGCCCAAAGAACGCGCUCAUGGUGUUCCGCGUGGCCAAGGUCUUCGCCCAGCCCAACCUGGCCGAGAUGAUUCAGAAGGGAGAGCAGCUGUUCCUGGAGCCGGAGCUGGUCAUCCCGCACCGCCAGCAUCGUGUCUUCAUGACGCCGACCUUCCCGGGGAACCUCCUGUCCUCCUGGCCCCCCGCCGUCACAGACGCCUCCUUCAAGGUGAAGAGCCACGUGUACAGCUUGGAGGGCCAGGACGGCCAGUACAAGCAGAUGUUUGGCCCCGAAGUCCGGACCUUGGUGCUGAGGUUGGCCCAGAUGAUUGCCCAGGCCAAACAGACAGCAAAUUCACUCUCGGAUUACUCGAGUGAGACCUCGGCCAACCGGUCCUUUCUCUCCUGGCUGGGAUUUUGCCCCAUUGAUAUGAAUGGCACCUACUGCACUAAUGAUCUGGAUGAGCUGGGCCAGGACAGCAUCAAGAAGACAGACGAGUACCUGGAGAAGGCCCUGGAGUACUUGUGCCAGAUAUUCCGACUCAACGAAGCCCAGCUGGCUCAGCUCAUGAUGACCGUGGGCACGGCGCCAGCUGAGAAUGGGAAGAGACAACUUCCUGACUCCAUCGUGAGCGAUGAGGGGCUGGUUCUCACCCCACUCGGCAGAUACCAGAUCAUCAACGGCCUGCGGAAGUUUGACAUCGCGUACCAGGGAGACGUGGAACUGCAGCCCAUCCGCAGCUACGAGAUAGCCCCUCUGGUGCGGCUGUUCUUCCAGGCGUCGUCCGCCAUCAACCGCCGGUUCGCAGGCCACAUGGAGGCCCUCUGCUCGCGGGAAGACUUCCUCGGGGCCUUCUGUCGCUUCCACCUGACUGAGUCGUUCCAGGCCGAGAAGAGCAGGCUGAGCCCCGUGGCGCCGCACCGGGCCGGCCGCACGCGUGGCCCCCGGCUCAGCCUGCGUUUCCUGGCCAGCUACCGCACGCUCUUCACCUUGCUGAUGGCGUUCCUGGUGGCGGCCGUGUUCGGCAUCGGGCCCGUGCUCUGCACGCUCCUCAUCUCUGUCCUGUACCUUCUGUAUGCCGUCGUGAUGACGGCGGUCACCCAGAAGCUGAAACCUCACCAGCACUGACGCGGCGGCGGCAGGCUCGUUGCCUUCCCCUCCCGAGGGCACUGCGGCUCUCAGGCACCACACAUCUUGUGUUUGUUUGAUAAUACAGCCGUGCACAUCUGCAGAGCUGUGCUGUGUAGGGCGGCUGGAAGGAGGGGUGCACGGCACGUCGGGCUCGUGUGGACCGACGGGCCCUCUGGCAGGGGGCUGAC